GUCUGCAGAGGCGCGGGCGAGCCGGGCGCGAGCCCCCAGGCCCGGGUGGGCGCUGCGGCUGGGGCGGCUCGGCGAGGAAACAUGGCCGCCCUGACGACGGUUGUGGUGGCGGCGGCGGCCACCGCGGUAGCCGGGGCUGUGGCGGGGGCGGGCGCGGCCACCGGGACAGGCGCGGGAGCGACGCCAGCGUCGCAACAGAAUGAUGGCUGUUUUAGUACUUCAGGUGGAAUUCGUUCUUUUCAGCUUCAAAAUUGGAAGCAGAAGGUUAGUCGAACUAAGAAAGCAGAAUUCAUACGCACGGCAGAAAAGUUGAAAAAUCAAGUUAUUAACAUAGAAAAAGAUAAACACAGUCAUUUCUACAACCAAAAAGGUGACUUCAGAAUUGAGCAUAGUAUGCUGGAAGAAUUGGAAAAUAAAUUGAUUAACAGCAGGAAAACAGAAAGAGCAAAAAUCCAGCAACAAUUGGCCAAAAUACAUAACAAUGUAAAGAAACUUCAGCAUCAGUUAAAAGAUGUGAGGCCUACACCUGACUUUGUUGAGAAACUCAGAGAAAUGAUGGAAGAAAUUGAAAAUGCAAUUAACACUUUUAAAGAAGAGCAGAGGUUGAUAUAUGAAGAGCUUAUUAAAGAAGAGAAAACAACUAAUAAUGAGCUGAGUGCCAUAUCAAGAAAAAUUGACUCCUGGGCUUUGAGUAAUUCAGAAACAGAGAAAGCUUUCAGAGCAAUCUCAAGCAAAGUUCCUGUAGACAAAGUAGCACCAAGUACCCUUCCAGAAGAAAUACUAGAUUUUGAAAAAUUCCUUCAGCAAACAGGAGGGCGACAAGGGGGCUGGGAUGAUUAUGAUCACCAGAACUUUGUCAAAGUGAGAAACAAACAUAAAGGGAAGCCAACAUUUAUGGAAGAAGUUCUAGAACACCUUCCUGGAAGAACACAGGAUGAAGUUCAACAACAUGAGAAAUGGUAUCAAAAAUUUCUGGCUCUAGAAGAAAGAAAAAAAGAGUCAAUUCAGAAUUGGAAAACUAAAAAGCAGCAAAAAAAGGAGGAAAUUUUCAAGUUAAAGGAAAAGGCAGACAACAUACCCAUGACUUUUCAUAAUAAACAAGAAAAUAAUCAAAAGCAAAAAGAGGAACAAAGAAAGAAACAGAAAUUGGCAGUUGAAGCUUGGAAAAGACAGAAAAGAAUAGAAAUGUCAAUGAAAUAUGCUUCCCAGUUAAAAGAAGAGGAAGAGAAAGAGAAGAAACAGCAGAAAGAGCGCCAACGCCAGUUUAAACUGAAAUUAUUACUAGAAAGUUAUACGCAGCAGAAGAAGGAACAGGAAGAAAUUUUGAGGCUUGAAAAAGAGAUAAGGGAAAAGGCAGAAAAGGCAGAAAAAAGGAAAACUGCUGCUGAUGAAAUUUCCAGGUUUCAAGAAAGAGUGAGUAAAUCUGUUUCCCAAUUUUUAAAUGCUAAACAUGGAGAUAUUAACUUCCAGAUUCAGUUCAGCAAAAAUUGA